AUGUCUUCCCAGGGUCGGAGCCCCAUUGUUGGAUUUUACGGGAUGCUUUGGGUCUGGGCUGCCUGGCUUUCUGCCUCUCAGGCUGCGUUGUCUCCAAACGGGACCAUAUUUGAGGAUAACUGUAAAAAAACAACUACUUGCGAGGCGCUGAAAUACAACACAUGCCUCGGAUCUCCUCUACCAUAUACUCAUACCUCUCUGAUCUUGGCGGAGGACUCCAGCACCCAAGAAGAGGCUUUUGAGAAGUUGACCAUGUGGUCUGGCCUAAGGAACGCUCCUCGCUGCUGGUCGGUCAUCCAGCCUUUGCUCUGUGCCGUGUACAUGCCCAAAUGUGAGAAUGGUCGAGUGGAGCUGCCCAGCCAGAGCCUGUGUCUGGCUACACGUCGUCCAUGCAGCAUCGUGGAUCAGGAGAGAGGCUGGCCAAACUUCCUGAAAUGUGACAAAUUCCCAGUGGGCUGCUCGAACGAGGUGCAAAAGCUGAAGUUUAAUACCUCAGGCCAGUGUGAAGCCCCACUGGUGAAGACGGACAUUCAGUCGAGUUGGUAUAAGGACGUGGAAGGUUGUGGCAUCCAGUGUGACAACCCUCUGUUCACUGAGGAGGAGCACAACGACAUGCACGCCUACAUCGCCUACUUUGGCACCAUCACCCUCCUCUGCACCUUCUUCACACUUGCCACAUUUCUCGCCGACUGGAAGAACUCCAACCGCUACCCAGCCGUCAUUCUCUUCUACAUCAAUGCCUGUUUCUUUGUGGGCAGUAUCGGCUGGCUGGCCCAGUUCCUGGAUGGGGCACGCAAGGAGAUUGUGUGCAAGAGUGACAACACCAUGCGUCUUGGGGAGCCCUCGUCUUCAGAGACGUUGUCAUGUGUCACCAUCUUCAUCAUCGUUUACUACUCGCUGAUGUCUGGUGUGAUCUGGUUCGUCAUGCUGACCUACGCCUGGCACACGUCCUUCAAAGCCUUGGGCACCACCCACCAGCCCCUCUCUGGUCGAACAUCCUACUUCCACAUGGUCACCUGGUCCAUCCCCUUCGUCCUCACUGUGGCUAUCCUGGCAAUCGCAGAGGUGGAUGGAGACUCAGUGAGUGGGAUCUGUUUUGUGGGAUACAAAAACUACAGAUACAGAGCUGGGUUUGUGCUGGCACCCAUCGGUGUGGUCCUUGUUGUGGGUGGCUACUUCCUCAUUCGGGGUGUCAUGACUUUGUUUUCCAUUAAGAGUAACCACCCUGGACUGUUGAGUGAAAAAGCAGCAAGCAAGAUCAAUGAAACCAUGCUGAGACUUGGUAUAUUUGGAUUCCUCGCUUUUGGCUUUGUUUUCAUCACAUUUGGCUGUCAUUUCUACGAUUUCUUCAACCAGGCUGAAUGGGAGAGAAGCUUCAGAGAUUAUGUGCUGUGUGAAGCCAACGUGACAAUCGCCUCUCAGACCAACAAGCCAAUCCCAGAAUGCACCAUCAAAAACAGGCCUAGCCUCAUGGUGGAGAAAAUCAACCUGUUUUCCAUGUUUGGGACAGGAAUCGCCAUGAGUACCUGGGUCUGGACCAAAGCCACCAUCCUCAUCUGGAAGCGCACCUGGUGCAAAAUUAUUGGCCGCAGCGACAAUGAACCUAAAAGGAUCAAGAAAAGCAAGAUGAUCGCAAAGGCAUUCGCGCUGAGGAAGGAACUUCACAAAGACCCAGAGAAAGAGCUGUCCUUCAGCAUGCACACUGUGUCUCAUGACGGGCCAGUGGCUGGAAUCAAUUUUGACUUAAAUGAGCCGUCCAAUGACAUGUCAUCAGCGUGGGCUCAGCAUGUGACCAAGAUGGUGGCUAGGCGAGGUGCUAUUCUGCCUCAGGACAUCUCUGUUACUCCCACUGGCACACCAGUUCCUCCACCAGAGGAGAGGAACAGACUGUGGAUGGUGGAAGCUGAGAUUUCACCUGAGAUGAUAAAGAGGAAAAAGAAAAAGAAGAGGAAGAAGGAGGUGCGUCCAGUGGAGGAGGUGGUGGACCACCAGGCUUAUCGCCAGCGUGAGUUUGGCCGCAGCUCAGUGCCCCGCCUGCCCAAACUGCCCUGCCAUCCCAGCCUGGUCGCCAACCUGCAGCAGCGGCAGCAGCAGAAGCUGGAGGACAACGUCCUGCCGGGGUCCUUCCCAGACUUCCAGCCGUCACACCCUCUGUCCUGUGAGGAGCGGUGUCCCUACGCCUCCUGCCAGAAUAAUCAGAUCAGCUACGGCCACGGCCUGCUCUCCGACCACAUGAACUUUAAAGACCGCCCGGAGGAUCUGGGCCUCAGCCCUCGGUGUCGUGGCUCCUCCUGGCAGCCCAGUGCACCGCCCCAGUACGGCAGAGAAGACCACAACAACGGGCUUUCAGAGAGACUAGCCCACGUGGCUCGGGUUCCGGCGGGCAGGAGGGCUGGAUAUGGACCCAUACACUCCCGGACAAAUCUAAUGGAGGCAGAGCUCAUGGAUGCGGACUCUGAUUUUUAAAUAAAACCUCUAAUAUUUUGAAGCUGUUCAACCUUUGUGGUACACAGACAGUAAGCUACAAAAAGUGCUGGAUACUUUCUUACUAAAGUGCACCCAGUUUUCAGCUGUUUUUAUUUUCAUUUUGUUUGUUUUCUUUAAUUUUGGAAGAAAAAGCAAAGGGAUAAAGUAAGUGAGAAAUAUGUUGUGAAUAUGUUUAUGAGAUAUAUUUUUAUUUUUUGUGUCCAGUAAAACUUUAUAGGUAAGUCCAUGAUGAGAAAAAAUGAGGCAGCUAAACUGUAAAUGGCUUGAAACAAUGUUAAUGUUAGUUAUGAAAUCUCCAUCCGUUCAUCAGCUUACAUCAUUUCAGCCAGACCAAUCCUGUUGGCCUAUUUUUGUGCGAUAACUCCAAAGGACACUACAUUUUAAGACUCAAGCAACCCUAUAAAACUAUUUGAGAGUGAAACAUAUUGUUGCUUCGUACUUCCUUUAAGUCUGCGUUAGAAACAGACUGUGAGUGAAUUAUACAGGUUAGUGUUUAGCCAUUGCUCUUUCAUCACUACUUGUACAUAUUUUUGUGUAACCUGAAGAGUCCGUUUAACACUAACACAUGUCAGUAUAUUUCAGAAUACUGAAAUAUAUUGUUUUACCAUCAUUUCAGGAAUAGGAAAUGGUUUUGUUAAUUUGUGAAUAAUAUUAAACCUUACAAGCACAUACAGAAUAAUUAUUUUUAUUAUUGUGUUACCUGGGCCGACAUGUUUAUUGAUGAUUUACUUUUUACAAAUCCCAGUUUUCUGUGUUUGGCUUUAAUGAACUGUCCAUCAUUAUCCUUGUAUAUUUCGGAACAGACAUUUCCCCUGUACAAAUGUAUUUGACUAUGUUUCUACAGCAGUAUUUCUAGUUUUAUUCACCUGUUGUACAUAUUCAAGGUGAACUGGACUGCAAACAUGCUUUUCCUUUAGUCCAGUUGAAAAUAUUUUGUAUGAUGUAUUUUAAACUGCAGUUUCUUUUUUUGAAGUGUAUUUGUUAUCCACUUUUUUCAUUUUAGUAUUUCCAACUCGAAUAGUCCUUGUAUUUUCUGUUUUGUAAUGUUUGUGCACUGUAUAUAGGCUGUUCAUAGACUGCUCAUGAGGGUAUUAUUUGUACAGAAUUGUAUAUCAAAUGACUUGAUUAUUGUGCUGAGAUAAAGGGAAGAGUCAAUUAUGCUAUAAGAAGUUGUCACUGUACUUGUGCUGUAACCAAAAUUUCAGCAAGUAUCGUCAUCAUCAGCAUCAUUUUACACCCAGUGUGGAUGAAUGAUGCAGAAGUAGACUGACAUAGCUAAUGCACAUUAGUUUUUCUAUUGUAAGUGUCUAGAUACUCAUAAAAUGUGUAUGAGAAAAAAAUUAUUUAUGGAUUUAGUAGUUAAGCUGGCUGUAUGUGUUACUACGUUGUAUGAAUUCAACAAUACAGACAAUAAACUGCAUUUAGGAUAUUUGGAGUAUUGAAACAAAAAUGAAGCAUAGCUGAUAUGUACCCAGAAAGACACAUUAAAUGAAGACAUCAGUGGAAAAGAAAAAAAAAAAAAAAGUUUAGUUUGUCAAGAUUUAACCACAGGCUUUUUGUUUGUUGCUUCAUGUGUUGUCUUUUUUUACUGUGUAACAAAGUCAAUAACUGUCACUUUUAUUGUGCAGCUGUUCUUUUAUAUGUAAAUAAACGUGAUCACACAA